CAGAAUUUGGUUGACGAAUCUCCAAGUGACGUGCAGCCAAAAUUUGCCUCACAAUCUUCUUUUUCACCAUAGUUAAAAUGCAAACCUGGUAAAUUUAUCAUUCUGCACUUAUCGAUAUUUUAACAUACCGAGAAAAAAUUUGCUUCUCAAAUGGGAAAAAGUUAUAAACAAUUGUAACAAAUUGCUGGAAUUCUCGAGUGAGUACACUUUGUUUUGUCCAAUCGAUAACACGAGUAAUAAAGUAAGCCGAAAAUAAUAAUGUGUUGCAAACCCAUUAAUUAAGAAAAGGCAAUCGUACCUCAGACAUUAAUAUGUCGAAUAUAUCGUUAACUAAAACUGAACAUUGGAUAAAUAUCAGAAGCAAUCCUUUUAUUGAGGAAUGGAAAAGCUGGUGCCGUCUCUGCGCGAAAGCUAAUGCUCAGUACAUUAAUGUUUUAUCUCAACAAUGUCACCAGUCCAUGCCUGCAAACAUUAACUACACCUUCAACAUUGCUUCUACAAUAGAAGAUUUUUUUCGGGUUCAUAUCAAAGAAGACGAAAAACUAUCACCAUUGAUAUGUACGGAGUGUUAUCAUGUAAUAGCAUCUUUCGUCAAAUUUAGUGAAAAUAUAAAGAAAGUUCAACAACUGUACGAUGAUCUUCAGCAUAGUGAUGACAAAGCAAAACUAGAUUUGCUGGCUUUAUAUGAAAAAUAUGGGUUAUCUAAAGACGAAACCCUACAGGCAAAACCUAGCACCAAACUGCCGACAGAAGAAGUUUUUAUUGCUGAUUCGCCGAUCACUAGUACAGCUCAUUCAUUGAAAUUUGAGGUGAAAGAUGAAAAACUAUCUGAUGAACUGCCAACUGAGAUAUUUAUUAGAGAGUUCGAAAAUAAAGAUGAAUUCCAAGAUCCAUUUGUGAAUUCUGGCCAGAAGAAUUGCCCUCCAGCGCUGGAAGAUGACAGUAGUACCGGAAGUGGGGAUUUUAAUAUUCAAAUGGAUACUUCAGAUGACGAUGAACAAGAAUUAAAAAAUAUUGCUGCAAACAGUGAAGGUAUAGAAUAUGAAGGUUCUUCAGAAAUCUCGAAGGAAAGUAAAUAUACUUGCAACAUUUGCUCUCAGCGUUUUCAGCGUAGUGGUAACUACUCAGUUCAUAUGAAGAAAAAGCAUGGUGUAGUUAUAUGCCCGCAAUGCUCUAAAUCAUUCGAUAGUGAAUCAAGUUUAAGGCGUCAUAAGAAAGAUCAUCGUCAGCUAUUUCCCUGCCAACAUUGCGAUCGAAAAUUCCAAAAGAAAGAUUACGUGGCCCAACAUGUAAAAUUUGUACACGAAGAUGAACGUCCAUUUAUUUGCGAAGCAUGCGGCGAUGCUGUUCGCUCUAAAGGACAGUUAAAGGAACACAUGUUGACACACACAGAUUAUUCUCCAUUUGAGUGCAAAGAAUGUGGAAAAUGCUUCAAGCACAAACAACGUUUGAAGAGACACAUGCAGACACAUGGGGAAAAACAUAUUUGUACAGAAUGUGGCAAACAACUAAGUACGCGAUCUACACUCAAUAGUCAUUUAUUGGUGCAUUCCGAUAAGAUGCCCCACAAGUGUGAACAUUGUGGCCGGCUAUUCAAGCGUGCCAAAACGCUUAAAAGUCAUUUAAUUACACAUACUGGCCUUAGACCAUAUUCUUGUGACUUUUGUGACAAAACAUUUUCAACUGGUCCGAGCUGUCGUUUUCACCAAAAGACUAUGCAUCCAGUGGAGAUAGCUGCGCUAGAGGCGUCUGGGGUAAAAACAUAUACAAAAAAUAUACCCAACUUGGACGUAUUAAAGGUGGUAAAAAAUCGACUUGAAAAUCGUACAUUUAUCCGUGGUGAAAGAUUUUUAGAGGUUUAUUAUUUAGCAGACCUUUAUUCGGCUCUCAGCGAAUUGACAGAAUCAGCUGAUGGGCUGACGUCACUUGGGAUGUGACAAAAACAAAGAUUGUGCUGGUAAUAUAUGAUAAAAUCAACCAAUGAUACUUCGUUACCGUCUGAACAACGACUGAUUGCACGGGUGUGGAUAUUUGUGAAUUUAUUGUUCAAAUUUC